AUGGAGAAUACAACCACUUAUACCUCAUUCAUUCUGGACGGCUACUUCAUUCUAGACCAGCAGAAGAAUUUAUUUUUCAUCAUUUUUCUCCUGCUUUAUGCUGCAAUGUUGAUCCUGAACACGUUUCUCAUCGUGGUGAUCUACAGCGAAAGAACGUUGCACAAUCCCAUGUACAUCUUUGUGUGCAACCUGUCGUGUAACAGCAUCUACGGCAGCACGAGUCUGAUGCCUCAUUUAUUAGUCAAUCUGGCCUCUCAGGUCCACGUGAUCUCGCUCCCGAACUGUCUGAUCCAAAUCUUCUGCCUGCACACUUACAACAUCAUCGAGCUGACCACGCUGGCCUUCAUGGGGUACGACCGUUAUAUCGCGAUCUGCCGCCCGCUUCACUACCACAGCAUGAUGUCGGCCAGACGACUUCAGAUCUUCAUCGUAUUUACUUGGGCGUACACGUUUAUAACGUUUUUCGUCUACGAGACGUUCACCAUACGUCUAACCUUCUGCAGGAACGUCAUCAGUAAGACCCACUGUGUGAAUUUUGAGCUCAUAAAACUGUCCUGUACAGAUAUUACAGAACACAGUGGGGUAGGACUCGGCCUCAUGGCCAUUCAUGUUUUUCCACAGGUCAUAAUGAUUCUGUUUUCAUACGCACAGAUUUUACAUGUGUGUUUGAAUUCGUCGAAGGAGUGCAAAACCAAAGCCAUCCAAACGUGUUCGCCUCACCUUGUAGCUGUUAUGAAUUAUUUUGUCGGAAUAUUUUUUGAGCUCAUACAAAGUCGCUUUAAUACCAACCACCUGCCGUACAAUUUCCGAACCUUCAUGUCUCUGUAUUUUAUGAUAUGUCCUCCUUUGCUUAAUCCUAUAGUUUAUGGAGUAAGUGGGCAGGUGAUGAGGAAUUGUAUUCGAAAUCUUUUCUUUAGGAACAAAAUAUUCAUCCAGAAAUAG